GAUAAUCUAUUCAAUGAGUCAAAGGCAUCAAUACAAAAAUAUUUAGAUAAUGAUAUUCUCGAACGUACUGAUGGAUAUGGUUUUAAAUACUUUGUAUAUGAUGAAAUGUGGAAGUUAUAUAUUUACAAAUUUUCUAAAGAAGUAGCAAUUGAAGAAGUAGAAUACACUAAUAAGUUUUUUAGUUUAAUUAAAGAUAAACAUACAUAUGAUGAUAUAUUAAAAUUUAUUUAUUCAUUCUUAGAAAAUUUUAAGACUAUAAUAAAUGAAUUACAUAAAAAACAUCAUAAGGAUCUCUUAGAAACUGUUGCCAAACAUGUGAAUAAGAAAAAAUAA